AUGUUCCGACCGGUUCAUCCAUGUUCCAUGGAAUUUUCGCACCACAUUUGUUGUUUCGCCGAACGGCGUGCCAUCGUUGGCACCAUGGCGUCGCCGCCAGUGGGCACCACGCCGUUGGCGUCGGCGGGCGCGGUGGUGGAGCGCCUGGCGAGGCUGGAGAGUCACGUGGCGGAGCUGCAGAGGAGCAAGUUGGAGGUGCAGGGUCGCUUGGAGUUUUUGGAACGAGGCCACGGGCGCGCUGCGGGCUCGCCACUGGCGGGGCGUUUGGCGUCCAGCAGUAGCUCUGAAGAGGACUUGGUGGAGGUGCAAAAGAAUGACACCGACCAUCCGGUGGAGAGCAAGGAAGGCUAUGCCUUCGCAGAGAAUUGCUGGGAUGCUGUGAUUUGUUUUGGGCAUCCAAGCAUUGGCCUGGGCUCAUCGCUCGUGCUUCUCUUCCUCUUGAUCUUCACAGUCUUCCUUCAGUUGGUUUUCUGCUACAUGGUCUACACCAGUUUCACAGAGAACCCCUUUGAGAAAAGUUCUGUGACAGCCUUGCGGUAUUGGCGAAUCGAUCAAGCACAUCAGGCGAGUCAAACAUCCAAGAAUUCCCUGACCUCUCUGGCAGCUCGCGCCUGUGACUUCGACAAAUCCCUGGCCACCUCCUUCAGCGAGAAGGAAAUUGCCGAGAACGUCUUUCAGUAUGGUUUCUCCAUGAUGAGUACCGGUUUUGUGAUGUGCUCUUUGGCCUUGGUGGCCUGGUUUUCCACCAUGAUCGCAGAAUUUCAGAAGUUGCUCUCCUUCACCGUUGGAUUGUUUGAGAUCCCGCGUGGGAAAACUGUGUUUCACUUGGAGGAUGGCGAAAUUGUGCUGGUGCGCCUGGCUCGAAAGCGACUCUUCUUUAUCUUGAUGACUGUGUUGCUGCGCGCCGGCGUCUUGUGCAUUCUCCUUUGGUAUGGCACGGUGUACUUGGUCUACACCGAGACGGUUCAAGACCUGCUUUUAAACGCCGUGGCCUUGAAAUUUGUCUUGGAGGUCGCAGAGCUGCUCUUCGACGCCUUUGCGCCUCGACGUUCGCGUUCCUUCAUUGAAAACCUGAGACCUCUGAACUUGGAAAGCAUCGGCCAUUCACACCACGACUGUUUGGUGCCGGUCUUUUUCCUCAUGGUCUUGGUGGCCCUGAUGAUUGUCUCCAUGUACGUGCUGAUGCUGCCAUCCUUGGACGCGCGAAAAUUGACCUGGGAAGGCAUUUGUGGCGGAAACCGCAACUUCGCCACCGCCGUGGAUGGCUUGGGACGCUUGCAUUGGAGCAACACUGAAGAGUAUAAGGAUUUGGAGGAUGGAGAACAUUUGCAGAACUACAUUCAUGAAGCCACUCAUGCCCUCAUCAGUGAUGCGGAAUCCAAUGCCUAUGCUCCGAUGAGCAUCUACGAGCCCUCCUUCCAACGCUUGCGGAAUGUCAUCGGUGAAGAGACCAUCGUCGAAGCCGGCGCGUCACGGCGCUGCGCCGAUGCCGAUGCGGACGAAGGCAAAGACUAUUGGUCCAACAUGGGUCGUGGCAUCCUGCGAAUGGCCACGGAAAAUGACCACAUCGACAGCUGUGCAGAUGUGGCGCCGUACUGUACCAUCGUUGGACUCCGUGGGCUUCGGGCGCGGCAGUGGUGCCCCAGCACCUGCGGCUGCGGUCAGCCCUUCUCUGGGCUCCUGCUGGACAAGGUGCAGAACGGUUGUCCCUCGGAGUGUGUGCAGAAACGUCGCGGCGAAGCGGACCGGAGCGCCACGAAAUGUCAGGACCAGCUGUUGAACCUCACAGCGAUCUACGCCAAAGGCGCACAGGUGCUGUGGCGCCGUGGCGGGGCCGUCACCUUGCGUGCGCUCUUCACGCAGCGUGGCUACAUCUCGGAGUCGCUGACGGCCCUGGCGCAGCGCAUGGAGACGGAGGGCUGCGAUGCGGUGGCGCAUGGAGAUGUGGCAGGCAGAGACUUUUGUGUCGGCAACAGCAUGUUGCUCACAAGGAUGCUUGGACAACAGCAUUCGCCGUUUUCACCAUCGGCCUGA